CUGGUCGGGACAAUUUCGAAAUGGGUCCAUCUUCCUUACCAACAGAACCUUUUAUUUGACGUAAUGAUCUAGUUGGAAUUCGUUUCGGCAUCAAUAGCCAUGGAGUCGCAGCAGGAGAAGGCUUCAAGGGAGUCUAGACUCCUCAAGCAGAAAGUUGACGCACUCGAGAAGGAGAAUAUGGCAUUGAAAAAGUCUUUAUAUGAGCUCUCAACUCGCUUCAAUCUCAUGGCACCCAAAAUAUCACCAUUUUCGCUCGACUCGUUGGAAGGAUUUGACGCUCCGUUCACCUCCGUAAGCGACGCCGUCAAACCUGCUGCUGAAGAUCAGGAUGUCUUUGCCGGGGUGUCCCGCGAGGCUCACAAGGACGGAAAACAGUUCUAUCUCAAACAUGAAUUAAAGGGACACGCGGGGGCCGUCUACGCAGUCCAAUUCUCUCCUUGCGGGAAGCUCUUGGCUUCGGGGUCAUUUGAUAAAACUGUGAGGAUUUGGGAUGCUGUAGCGACGCAAAAGGAGAUCCACUGCCUGAAGAACCAUUCCUUGAAUAUAUCGGAUCUAUCGUGGUCAAGAGACUCUACUGAGCUGCUUUCAGGAGGAUAUGACCAAACUUGCAAAGUUUGGGAUGUAGAAAGCGGCAAAUUAGAGGCCUCAUAUGCGACCGAAGGCUUUGUACAGUGCGUCAUGUUCAAUCCGCAAGAUCGCAACAUCUUCUUCAGUGGGACAUCAAGGAACACUCUGUGUAUGAUCGAUCGGCGACAACCCGAUGCCGGUCUUAUCUUCCGAAACGAGGCUAUGGUGAACACAUUAUAUGUGUACAGGGAUGGGACGAGCGUUCUGUCAGGUGAUGCUGCUGGCUAUCUCAAAACCUGGGACGUGCGAACAGGAAAAUGCAUCUCUUCUUAUUUGAACGAACCCACGAAGAAGCCCAUUUCCCACGUCACCGUCUGCUACAGCGAUAGAGAUGAAGAGCCUCGAUAUAUGACCGUCAAUAGCUACGAUAACGUCAUGAGGGUCUAUGACCGUGGAUUCUCUCCUCCGCAUAGCGAGCAACGUCUGAUUCAUGCCUUGAAGGGGUAUAAAAACAAAAAUUGGCCCAUCAAGAGCUCUUUUUACCAACUCAGAGAAGUAAAACAAGGUUUAAAAAGAGGAGGCAGUCAGGAUGAGAUUUACAGCAAAGGAGAGCUUCCCACAAAUUCGACGGACAAUAUUAGCCAAGAGAAGGACAGAUCAGGAGAAUCUACUAUGCUACUUGCCACGGGCAGCGCGGAUCCGUUUGUUUAUGUAUAUAGUGUCGGGGGCACAGAGGGAACGGGGGAACUUGUGCAGCGAUUAGAGGGACAUACAGAUCGGGUGUAUGCUGUGAACUUUCACCCGGUUGAGCCAAUUCUUUGCUCUUGCUCAGCAGACUUUACGCUGAAGAUAUGGUAUUCAAACGGGAAAAAAAAGAAAGCGUGACACAUAAGACA